AUCCGGUUCCGCCCCGCCGACUACUCUCUCCUGCAGUCAGUCCAGCCGCCCCCGGGCGCCGUAAUUCGGCGAACAGUUGCCGCGCGCGCUUCCUCUCCCGCGGCCACCAGGCACCAUGGCGUCCGCCGCGCGGGCUCUGGAGGCGCUCCUCCACAGGGCCUCGUCUCUGUCCUCCUCCGCGUCCGCUCUUCGGAGAGCCUCUGCCCUCCGCGGGAAUGAAGCUAUUGGCAACGCCGGCCUGUUCCGGAAGCAUGAGGCGAGGCGAAGGAUUUCGACGUUCCGGCCGCUCUGCAUGGGACGACGCUCCUGCAAGAUCGCCGGAAGGAAGGAUGCCCAGAAUUUGAAAAAGAUGAAGCGCAACAGCAAAAUUGGAAAAGAAAUUGUUGCUGUCAUUAAGAAGGGUGGCCCAAGCCCUUCGUCCAACACAGCUUUAGCAGCAAUAUUGGAGAAAGCUAGGGAACUUGAUAUCCCCAGAGAAAUUUUGGAGCGUAACAUCAAAAGGGCAUCAGAAAAGGACCAAGAUACAUACACAGAAAAGGUUUAUGAGGUCUAUGGUUUUGGUGGAGUAGGUAUGAUCGUCGAGGUCCUAACUGACAAAAUUACAAGAUCAGUUGCUGACAUUAGAAAUGUGGUAAAAGACUGCGGAGCAAAAUUGGCUGAUCCCGGGUCUGUUACCUUCAGAUUCAAACAAGCUCGAGUGGUGAACAUAAAAGUUACUGAUGCUGAUAAGGACCAACUGCUCUCCGUUGCGUUGGAUGCUGGUGCUGAUGAUGUCCUUGAACCAAAUUUUGAUGAUGAUGAUGACUCUGAAGAAGAAAUAGAAAGGUUCUACAAGAUAGUUACUACAUCAGAAAACUAUCCAGUUGUGCUAUCAAAGCUACAAGAGGAAGGAGUGAAGUUUGAAACUGAUAAUGGCUACGAACUUCUUCCUCUGAACCCAAUUGAGGUGGAUGACGAGGCCAUGGAACUAAACAAGGAGCUUGUAUCAAAAUUGCUAGAGCUUGAUGACGUUGAUGCUGUCUAUACAGACCUAAAGUGAGUGAAUUGAUGAGCUACAGUCUACAGCUUUCAAUUCAAUACCCUCGAUGUCGAUGACCCUUUGUAGAGCGUGUUCACUUCUCAUCCAUUUACGGGAUAACUAUUGAUAGUUGAGCUUAUGAUGCUUGGCAGUUGAGCAUCACCAAUUUUACAGUUCCUGAAAACUGGGCUUGAUGAUACAACAUAUUUUAAUACAUCAGCAUACUAGCAUAAUCUCAAACUCAUAUCUUUACCUUGGAUUUUUGCCCAUUCAUUCUGUUUCUGGAAAUUUCUUUGUUCAGAUAGCAGAUCUGAGAAGUCAUUGUAAAAUAAUAUGAUAACACUGAUCCACUUGUUCGUGAUGAGCA